UUUAGGCAUGAAAAACGAUACAUUGUAAAUAAACAAGUUGUUUUUCAAGUGUUUGUCUUAUAAGUGAAUUAUAGUCACAAGGAACUAUUGUUAGUGUAUUACAUUUGUUUAAAUAUGCGACGAGGUUGGAGAGGACGAUAUAGGAGUAAUUGGUACCGUCCUCGCGGUAGGAGUACCUGCAAUAAUUCUACCGCUGCAAAUCAGAGUAUAAAUCAACCUUCAACAUCACAACAGAUAUCGCAUAAUUCCGUCGCAUCUUCGCGGGCACCAGCUAAUCAAAUACCUCUGGUGAUAGCUGUAAGUAAAGAUCAUCAAAAUGACACUUGGAAGUUAUAUUUCCCGACCGAAGAAGAAACUAAACCAGAUACUUUAAAACAUGUCAAUUGCUUCAAGACCUUUAUACUCAAAAAUAGAAGUUUAUUUGAUUUGGAAAAAAUUGACCAAUCACGAAGUGUGCCACUUGAUAUGCAAAUGAUGUUAGAAGACACAGAUUUCAAUACUAAUUGGCCAUCAUUUCAAAAUGAUUUAUUUGAAAUGCCUGAAAACACACUACAUUUACUAGAGUACUGUUUACAUGAGAAUCUGAAGUGUGAGUCGAAAAUUAAAGUAAGAAUUUUAAAUCAUCAACCAGUUAUACCUAUAGCUAAUUUGAAAGUUAACUACUUUGGAAAAUUAGUGACUAUCAAAGGUACAGUUAUCAGAGUUGGUAGUGUCGGUCUUAUUUGCACUUCAAUGGCAUUUGAAUGCACCAGUUGUCAUAAUAUACAAGUCGUUAUACAACCACAAGGAAUAUUUACAGCUCCAAACUUCUGUCAAAGCUGUCAAAGUGGACACAAGUUUGAUACGCUGCAGUCGUCCCCUUUCACCAACACAACUGAUUGGCAAGUCGCUAAAAUACAAGAGAUUCAGUCUCAGAGUGUUUCCGGAACUAUACCAAGAAGUGUUGAAAUAGAACUACAGGGUGAUUUAGUUGGAACAGCGUGUCCCGGGGAUGUGCUCUCUGUUACUGGGAUUGUUCAGGUGCGUGGAGAGAGCAAGGGCGGGGAGGACGGGCGGCGGGCGGCGCGCCUGCUGCAGCUGUACCUGGAGGCAGUCUCCGUGCACAGCCAGCGGAACCUCAGCAACCCCACACUCUCUUUCACGUUGAAAGAUUAUUAUGCUAUACAGGAAAUCCACGCAUCUGAGGAUGUAUUUAGAUUGUUGGUACAUUCGUUAUGUCCGUCGAUAUUUGGUCACGAGGCGGUGAAGGCGGGGCUGGUGCUGGGGCUGCUGGGCGGGGCGGAGGGGGAGGGCGAGGGCGGGGCGGGGGCGCGGCCGCACCCCCACGUGCUGGUGGUGGGCGACCCCGGCCUGGGGAAGUCCCAGCUGCUGCAGGCUGCGGCGCAUGCAGCGCCACGAGGCGUGUACGUGUGCGGCGCUUCCGCGUCGGGCGGCGGGCUGACGGUGUCGCUGGGCCGCGAGCCCGGCGGCGACUUUGCGCUGGAGGCCGGCGCGCUGGUGCUGGCCGACCGCGGCGUCUGCUGUCUUGAUGAACUGGAUAAGAUGGGAGCGCACCACAGCCGGCUGCUGGAGGCGAUGGAGCAGCAGCGCGUGAGCGUGGCCAAGGGCGGCGUGGUGUGCAGCCUGCCCGCGCGCGCCACGCUGCUGGCCGCUGCCAACCCCGCCUCGGGCUCAUACAACAGAGCUAAAACUGUCGCUGAAAAUCUGAAACUAAACUCGGCGUUAUUAUCAAGAUUUGAUUUAGUGUUUAUACUGCUGGAUCAACCAGAUGAGAAAAUAGAUGCGAUGUUAUCAGAACAUGUUCUAGCGCGACACUCUGGUAGAGGAAACUCAUCGAAGAGUAAAACGAAUCUUAAUACUGAAGCAAGUCAAAAUGAUCAAGAUGUAUCGCUAAGUAAAAGGCUACGUUUGAAAGCAGGGGAAGUGAUAGACCCGCUGCCGCUAGUAUUGCUCCGUAAGUAUAUAGCGUACGCGCGGCGUUACGUGCAGCCCGCCAUCAGUACUGCGGCGGCGGACGCGCUGCGCGACUUCUACCUGGAGAUGAGGCACCGCCUGCAGACUGCGGACGGCGCGCCAGUCACCACAAGACAGCUCGAAGCCAGUAUACGACUCACACAGGCUCGAGCAAGAGCUGAACUCCGCGAGGAGGCGACGGUAGACGACGCGAAUGACGUCAUCUGUUUGAUAAAACACAGCUUAGUGGACACUUUCAGUGAUGAAUUCGGAAACAUUGAGCUUUCAAGAUCCAUAAACGGUUCUGGAAUCAGCUCUAGAAGUAAAUUGAAGAAAUUCUUAGAUGCGUUAACAAGGCGAUCUCAUCAGUUAGGUAAAGAUAUAUUUACUAGGAAGGAAAUGAUAGAAAUACACAAGGCCGCGGCAGUCCCCGGAGACGCAGGUGAACUUAUUGAGGCCAUGCACGUACAUUCGUAUUUACUACUCAAAGCUACCAAUACUUACCAAUUGAUCUCUUUGUAAAGAUGCCUUAAUGUAUAAAAAAUAUUGUAAGUGUAAA